AUGGGAGACACGAAUGAAUUUGUAGUAGCACGUGUAACCAAAGAAUCUGAUCGUCUUAAUCAACUCAACGGUCCUGGCUAUGUUUUUAUCGAUCGCGAUCAGUCGUUGUACAUUUCUGAUUGUUUUAAUCAUAGAGUAAUUCAAUGGAAAAAGGGUGCGAAAGAACCGACUGUUGUGGCGGGUGGUCGAGGCAAAGGAAACUCUCUAACACAACUCUUUUACCCUAACGGCGUUUUCGUCGACUCUUCAGGCACUGUAUAUGUAGCAGAGGCAGGAAACGAUCGAGUAACGCGUUGGCCCAAAGGAAAAUUACAAGGAACGAUUAUUGCUGGUGGUAAUCGCAAAGGAAAUGGGCCAAAUCAAUUAGAUCAUCCUGAAGGUUUAUCGUUUGAUCGUAACGGCCACCUGUACGUCGUCGAUCGCGGUAAUCAUCGAGUGCAACGAUUUUCCAUCAAAGAGACAAAUUGA